AUGCCCGUCAUCUCGAGACCGAGAGGUGUGACGUCAUCAGGGUCAGGCGGACGAGGAACAUCGUCCACGUCGGCGACAACGACCACCACGUCGACUACCGUAAUCGUCAACGACUUGAACGACGACAUCUCUGUGACGUCAGCGAGCUUCACCCUUCUGCGCGACAAUGAGCCGCUGCCUCCGGAACACCAGGAGCUGAACGUGAAGGCGCUGCAGCGCAAGCUGAUGGAACUGAAGGCCGAGAAGGAAGGCGUCCCACUCUUCACCAAGACCAGGAAGUACAACAACAACAACAAUAACAAUAACCGGAUCACACGGUCACAGAACAACAUCUCAGACCCCAAGAAGAAGAGCAACGUCGCAGGGGAGAAGGUGCUAAGUAAGUCGGUGAACAACCUGAGCGCCAGCCUGGUGAGCAACAACGCCGGGCACAAGGGCUAUCACCGCAACUGCUACACGAGCGCGGGCCCGGCCGACUACUCCUACUUCCACCUCUACGGCACCAUGGCGGCGGCGGCCGUCGCCAAGCACAACAACUACCGCAACAACCUGCAGAACGGCGCCGCCGGGGCGCAGAACGAGUCUCCCAAGCUGGCGCGCAAGAAGCGCUCCUCUCCAGGGGAGGAGGGCACGCCUCCCCAGCAGCCGGGCGGUCGCGGCCGCGCGGCGCCCGCCGGCCAGGGCAGGGAGCGGCCCAUGUUCGUGACGACGGUCAAGUCGGGCUGCUUCCUCGAGCCGCCGCCGGAGCUGGCCGCGCUGCUCGGCCUCCCCAGGGCUGGAGGCCUGGACCAACGCCAGGUGCUGCUCUACUCCUUCUCCAGCCAGCCGCGCGUGCUGCCCAGCAACGCCGGCCGCCAGCAGGUGCACAAGGCGCGCUGCCCGGCGGCCGCCUUGGCCGCACAAAAGCAGCAGCAGCUGCAGCAGAAAAACGGCGAUGCCAAGAAGCAAGAUGCCGGCCCUCCGUACGCCAACAUCAUGUACGACCGCCGCGUCGUACGUGGAAGCACAUUUGCUCAGCACCCUAUUCCGACGGAUGGAGAGUCGCAGGCGGCGCGCCAGGCCGAGGUGCGGCGCCGGGCGCUGGCGAGGAAGCGCGCGCACGCGCAGCAGGGCCGGCUGGGGCUGCGCAUCGGGUCGCCGCCGCCGGUGGCGGGCCGCAAGCACGAGACCGUCCAGACGUCCGCCUACCUCGAGGAGAUCCUCGACCGGCCGCUGGAAGAAGACGCCUGCUGCCAGACAGACCUGUUCCUCGACCGGCCGCCGACACCGCCCUACGUACCGGCCAAGACCGGCCUCGACGAGGAGACGCAGAUAUACCCAGGAGACCUCUUCGACUUUGACUUGGAGGUGGAGCCAAUCCUGGAGGUGCUCGUGGGCAAGACGAUCGAGCAGGCCAUGAUCGAGGUGCUGUCCGAGGAGGAAAUGGCCGCCAUGCGCGCGCAGCAGCGCCGCCUCGAAGAGCGCAGGGCCGGCGAGGAGGCAGAGAUCAAGCGACUGGAGGAGCGCGAGCGGCGCAUGCGCGAGGAGAAGGACCGGCGCGUCUCGCAGCUGGAGCGGGAGCUGCGCGAGCAGCAGGAGGCGGAGGAGCGGCUGGCGGCGGCCUUGCUCACCAGGGGCUACCUGGAGGACGCGCUGCCCGCCGUGCUGCGCGGGCUCAACGAGGCGGGAUACUUCAUCGACGCCAUCCGCGAGGACGUGCUGCAGAACUUCAUGCCGUGGCUGAUGAACGAGGUGCGGCAGGAGAUGGACCAGAUGGUGGCCUCGCGCCAGGUGCUGACGGACCUGGUGCGCGACAUCGUGCGCUCGCGGCGCGACAUCUACAUGGCGCUGGUGGAGAGCGACCGCCACCAGCGCUGGCUCGAGGGCCACGAGCACGAGCAGGAGUUCCAGCGGCAGCACGCCGACAGGCUGAAGAAGGAGCUGGAGCUGGCCGAGGUGGAGGCGGCCAAAGCAGAGGAGGCAGUAGACGAAGAAGAGUCCGGAGCGUCGUCUUAGUUCUCAGUAUCUCCACCGCGGCCCUUGGCGCUACUGCCUCUGGAGCGCCACAGCGCUGCCAACGGACGACAGGCGAACCAUUUCGACACACCGCUCCGCCAAAUUACCGGAAGAAAAUACCAACGUUCGGAGAGUGCAAGCAGAGAUGUACAACACAAAUUUUUGCCCUGUUAAUGCCAUUUCAGAUAAUUUAUUCAAUACAAUCGUUUCAUCGAUUCAUGUCCUCUGUCGUUAAAAUAAAGAUCAGCUGAAAUAAUGUUAGCAGUUUUAAAACUUUUAAAAAAAGACCAUUUGCAAUAGAAUUUAUAAAUACCUAGUACAGACAAUCGUUCUUAGUAGCAAACAAUAUGGAUUUCAAAUAAGACUAUCAUCUGAACAGGAUAUAUUUACUAGACUGAAUAAAUCAGAUAUUAUAACUAUUUUGAUUAUUUUGUGACUUGGCUAAGGCUUCUGUUUGUGUAAAACCAUGAUAUCUUCAUGAUGGUGAAGUCAAAAUGUUAUGUAGUACAAGACACAGCAGUUUGAGUAUUUCUAUCUCACUUCUAUGACAAAAAGCCUUGUGUAACAUUUUCACAGAUAUUACGUUAGCAAUAGGCACUCAGCAUUUGAAUCAAUCAGUGAGGUCCACCAUGGAGUUCUGUUCUAUGUUCUUUCUGUUACUUAUAAUCUUAAAUGAUCUUACCAGAAGGUGUAACCUCUUCACAGUCUAUGCAAGUAUGAAAAUUAAAAAUAAGUUGAGCCUUAUUAUUUAAAAAAGAACAACAAUUGUAAUAUUUGAAGGCAUCAACAGAUGUUACAGAACUCCUUAACAUGUGACAAAAGUUAAUUCAAAUUAUGAAGUGUACUGAUCAGUGUUGAUUUUUAUUGCAUCUGGAAUGUGCACAUCCUUGAUGUAAUGAAGUGCUGUAGUUAACCUAUUUACUUAAAAUUGAAGAACUUAGUUUGUCAUACUUAUUCCCAUUCUAUAAUGAAUUAACGAAUAAUUUUUUGUGAAUUCGAUUUAUGGGGAUAAUAACAUUUCAGAAUGUAGAAGUGUAUAACGAAUUAUAUGUGGUAUUA